AGACCAAAGAUUGGUACCCGCAUUAUACUUAUGAUUUAUGAGCCAAAACAACAGAGCGGCUCCAUCCAACCCUGAGAGGAGAUCCUGCACUGCGUUUUGCAGCCUUGGCAACAGGAGGGGUUAUGUUAAGGUUUGGUCUGUUAAACAGAAAACCAACUGUGUCUGCCUGUAGCCUGCCUCCUCCCCUGGACCUGCUGCCUGCAUUAAUAUUCAGCCCCUCAGCCAACCAGGGAAGCAGGGCGGAUGACAUCAUGGGCUAGGGAACAGUGAGCAGCCAGUGAAGCAUCCAGCCUGCCGAACAAGCUUGCUUUUAGGGUCAGGAACUGGUCUGACGAGARAAUGGCAGUCCUGCCUUUAAACCGUCACUAGGACUGUACGGCUGACAAUGAAGCUACCUGGACUCCAGGCCCAUCGGAGCAACACUAAGCAGGAGAAUGUGAAGACAUAUUUCAGGACCUUGUGAGUGCUACUAAACAUGUCUGAUAGUGUUGAUAUUGAAGAAAAACCACCGGCCCCGCCCUUGAGAAUGAACAGUAGUUCCCGAGACUCUUCAUCACUGAAUCACGCCUCCAAACCGCUUCCAAUGGCUCCUGAAGAGAAAAACAAGAAAGCCCGCCUGCGUUCCAUCUUCCCCGGGGGAGACAAAACAAACAAAAAGAAGGAGAAGGAACGUCCUGAGAUAUCCCUCCCCUCAGACUUUGAACACACCAUUCAUGUUGGCUUUGAUGCUGUAACGGGAGAAUUCACAGGAAUCCCGGAGCAGUGGGCGCGGCUGCUGCAAACAUCGAACAUCACCAAGCUGGAGCAGAAGAAGAACCCGCAGGCGGUGCUGGAUGUGCUGAAGUUCUACGACUCCAAAGAGACUGUGAACAAUCAGAAAUACAUGAGCUUCACCUCAGGAGACAAGACAGCACAUGGAUACAUCGCAGCAAAUACUUUGGGUGCCAAAACCUCAACAACAGAACCCCCGAUCGCUCCGCCUGUGUCAGAGGAGGAGGAUGAGGAGGAUGAAGAAGAAGAGGAGGAGGAGGAAAAUGAGGACGACGACGACGAGCUGCCUCCGGUCAUCGCCCCUCGACCCGAGCACACCAAAUCUAUCUACACGCGCUCCGUUAUGGAUCCACCAAAGCCCCCCUCUCCGGUGAAGGAAGUGGUGACUCCACCCGAGUCGCAGGUCCAGCCUGAGAAUCUGUCCAACACAAUGUAUCGCCACACUGACCGGCAGAGGAAAAAGUCCAAAAUGACGGAUGAGGAGAUUUUGGAGAGACUCAGGAGUAUUGUGAGUGUGGGGGAUCCCAAAAAGAAGUACACGCGCUUCGAGAAAAUAGGACAAGGAGCGUCUGGCACCGUCUACACUGCCAUCGACAUUGCGACUGGUCAAGAGGUGGCCAUCAAACAGAUGAACCUGCAGCAGCAGCCSAAGAAAGAGUUGAUCAUCAAUGAGAUCUUGGUGAUGAGGGAAAACAAAAACUCCAACAUAGUGAACUACCUGGACAGUUACUUGGUAGGAGACGAGCUGUGGGUGGUGAUGGAAUAUUUGGCUGGAGGCUCGUUGACAGAUGUGGUGACGGAGACCUGCAUGGACGAGGGCCAGAUCGCUGCAGUCUGCAGAGAGUGUCUUCAAGCCUUGGACUUUCUACACUCCAACCAGGUUAUCCACAGAGAUAUUAAAAGUGACAACAUCCUCCUGGGCAUGGACGGAUCUGUCAAACUAACCGACUUUGGGUUCUGCGCCCAGAUCACUCCAGAGCAGAACAAGCGCAGCACGAUGGUGGGAACACCCUACUGGAUGGCGCCAGAGGUGGUAACUCGGAAGGCUUAUGGCCCGAAAGUGGAUAUCUGGUCUCUGGGAAUCAUGGCGAUAGAGAUGGUGGAGGGAGAACCUCCUUACCUUAAUGAGAAUCCACUCAGGGCACUGUAUUUGAUAGCAACCAAUGGAACUCCAGAGCUGCAGAACCCCGAAAGGCUGUCGUCUAUUUUCAGAGACUUUCUGAACCGCUGUCUGGAGAUGGACGUGGACCGCAGAGGCUCCGCCAAGGAGCUGCUCCAGCAUUCCUUCCUCAAGCUGGCGAAGCCUCUGUCCAGCCUGACGCCUCUGAUUGUAGCUGCUAAGGAAGCCAUAAAGAACAGCAGUCGUUAAGGGUGGGCUCGCUGUCCGCGCCCGAAGCUGGAGCCCUGCCCGUGACGCGUUGGCUCACGCCGUCACGGGGGUUUGGGYGUGUGGGGUUGGGGGUGGCAGUGACAGCUCAAGGAGGGGGUCUUGUGUGACUUACAGUGACAGCACAAGGACAAACGACCCCCUCCCCACCAAGCCUCAUAUGUAGGACGGACACCUGGCCUUGCAGCCUCUUGGCCAUGCUGCUGAAAAAAGACCUUGCCUCCUGUUUACUUCUCCAGCACUGUACAUGUAGAGCAGUUUAUCACAAGUAUGUCAGAGUGCGUGUGUGUGUGUGUGUGAGUGUGUGUAAAUGAACUGUGCACAUUUGUUUGCAUCAUGUCCUGUUUAGGAGUGUGUCACUUCCUAAACUGUAAAAAGAAAAAAACAAACAGGUUAAUUUGAAUUGAAGAGGAAAGGUGCUUAUUCUUAAAUCCCUUAAUUCAGGAGAGAGGCAGAGAAACAAAGAUUUCCUCCCUGUCCAGCUUUUCAGGCUUGAUUUUCAUUCCUCUUCUCCCCUUCAUGAAGCUGCCUCAGAACCACACCUGGAGCCGCAGCAGCCAGCGGAGGUUAAAGAGCAGCAAACACCACCAGUCCGCAUCUCAACGUGCCGCGUCUUUGCUGUGUUUUAUGUGUGUGUGAGUAAGUGUAGGGGUGCAACUACUGGGGAAGAAUUUCACACGACCUAUGCCAGCUUUAACACAGUUCAGUAAUCCAUUUUAUAUCAAUAGUUUGAUUAAAUCCUCUGUAUGAUUAGAGCCAUGAAUCCAGGUCAAGGACACAUUAACUGCUGCUGUUUUUUUGCAUCAUUUCAAAAGAGAUUCUUCACACGUUCUGUUUCAUUUCGCAAMGUUCUAUAAAUUAUUCAGGAUGGGUUUGAAAUUGUAUGUUUGUUGUUGAUUUUGGAGUUUUUAAAUAGAAGGGAAAUGAAGGGUUCUCCUUAUGGAGGCGACACAGCGAACGGUUCUCCCACAUUCUAACAAAAGCUGGUAAAAUUCUCUUAGCUGGAGGGGGUCUCCUUUGUCUUUUAAUUUAGUUUAAUAAAAAAAUGUUAAGUGAUUAGUAAGAGUUUGAUCAAAACCUGCUCAGGUGAAAACCUAACGAGGCGCUGACCGACAACGCCCCCCCCCCACCUCCUCUUCAUCCUGUUUUAAAAUGCUGCUUGUUUAAGCUUUAAGUUUAUUUUCUGUUUUCACUUUUGUGUCUUAAAAUGAUUUGCUUUUCAUAAAAAAAAACUUCACAUUUCGUCGUGAUUCGUUGGAUACAUGGCCAACUUUGUAGAGGAAAUGUUAUCCUCUGAGCAAAGUGAGGAGUGCUGAGUCAUGAUUGUAGCCRUGCCCCGGAGGUUCACAUUCCUUUCAUAGCUGGUUUAGAGUUUAAACUCAUUCCCGUUCAGAGGCUAUCUUUUUUUUUUGUCGUCAUUUUCUUGUGAUAUCAGGCAUUCUUCACGCAGCUCUCCAUCCGUAUGAGYGGGCGUGUUUGUGCGUUUGGUUGUGGGGGUGGGAGGGGGCCUCAGUCGUGAUUUCCACCUGAAGUWUGAGGUGCAGGGUAGCURCUUUGUUCCACUCCUCCUCUGUUAMAACAGGCGGUGAAGAAAUGGUAAYWAUCAGGAGGGAUGCAACAGAUUUCAUGCAUGUGCAACAAAAUAUACUCUGUAUCUCAUUUCCGACAAGGUUGGGAUCAUUAGRAUAUGUAUGUAUGUAAAUAUGACAGGAAACCCCUUUUUUUGCGGAACUAUGUAACUUAAAAUGACAAURUUCAGGCUGCUGUUUGCACCCUGGAAAAGGAAAAAGAAGAGAGAAAAAAUCAACACACACACACACACUAACACACACACAUGUGCUGUCCCUGCACUCCUGGAUCCACCUCUCCUGUUUGGGCUUGCCGGCCCCCUGCUCCUGGGCCCUCACAGUCUGUCCAGUCUGUCGUCCUGAGUGUUGGUGUGUGCGCGAGCGCGUGUGCGGUUAGCUGGAAGCGGCCUGUCGGGAAGCUUCGCCCGGGGGGCCCCCUGGGACACUUUGGCCCCUGACCCUCGUACARGUCUGAACUAUGAGCACAAAGCUGAAUUUCGGGACAAGAGACACAACCGCUGACGCCCCCUCCCCCCCACCCCUCUUUUUCUGUGGUUGCUCCUGUACAUUCCUAUCUUCUGAAUGUGUAAACCUGUACACGUGGUGUGAAAAAUUCCUCUAUUAAUGUGUAUCAAGAGAAUGGAACAAAGACAAAAAAUGUUACUUUUUAAAUUAUUAUCUUUAUUAUUAUUACUCUUAUUAUUGUCUAGCUUUGUAAAACUGCUGAUCCAUCUGGCAUACCUCAGCAGGCCCUUCCCCACCUUUGGAAAAGGACAAACGAGUAUCCGGGGAAAUGAGGUUUUGGAUAAACUAUUUUUAACUGUGGUUGAAGCAAUAGACUUUUUGAACUUUGAAUUGUGCAUGGCUGUGUCUUGAGUGUAAAAAAAUGUUGCAGUUUGGAAACUGGACUGAAA